GAGAUUCCUUGUACCUUAUUGCUGUGAAUUUUCUUGAUGAGGUAGGUAAAUGUAAUUUGGCACUUUUCAUUUUGUAGCACAAAAUUAAGCCAUGAGACACUUCAGAGGGAGAUUUAACUCCUGUGCGUAGUUCUUAAUCCCUCAAAUUUCAAUUUUGAGACAGGGCCCUUUAAAAACGGACAUAGAUUCAAAAUAGAGGAUACAGCAACAUGAAAAUACUGUGCAGGAAGGUUGACAUGAUGUGAAGGUCAUUUCAUUAAUAUGUGUAAAGUUUUCUGUAGCCUUAGUUUUCUGAUUCAGUAUUACUGGAGUCCAUAAUUUAAGAUAAAUGUGAAAUAAAACCAGAUUUGUAAGGCUUUGAUUUGGAUCUAAAAAUACGUGGCAUACUUUAUAAUCUGGGAUAGUUCAGAGAUGGUAUUGUCUCUAGAUGCAUGUUAACCAUUGCUCAUUCUUUAGUGCAUGCUGAACUGUCCUAAUCAUAGGUGCCUUGGAUGGUGGCAGGUUGUGAAACUUCCAGAAGAACUUUCUUACAGUGGACAUAUGGAGCUUUGCAGCUGCAGCAUCCCCUUUGUUUGCUAAACAUGUCUAGUUUUUUUAUUUUAUUUUAUUUUAAGGCUCAGUGGCUUGCAUUAGUGGCAGAAGAAUCAGGGUUCUGUUUAAUUUCUGCUGACUUGCUUUUCUCCUGAAAGGUAACUUAAAGCUUUAUUGUGAAAUACGAACUGGUAUGCUUUGGUGGCUUUCAAGGCACCUAGCCAGGCAAGAUCCUUGUCUCAGAGCUCCCCAUGUAAAUAAAUGGACAACAUAAAUUUCACUGAGAUCCAGAGGAUGGUUCUGUUUUUUUGUUUUUUUUUCCCCACUUCCCUUCCAAUUCAGGGUGAUUUUAUUAUCAAAGCUCAUUAGAAGGUGUUAUCUAUUAAUACUUGUUUCAGUCAAUAAGUGAAAUGAUUCCUACACAAUUCACCCUUUUAAUAAAUGUGCUCUUCAAAAUAAAGUAAUGAAUGGUGUUGAAUCACAUCUGAGUUCCAUAGAAUUUGUCACCUUUCCUUCCAUUUACCUCACAUUACUAUUUUAGGGAGGUGAGUAGAGAGUUAGCAGUCUCAGCAGGUCACUACCAUGCGAGCUUGGUUCCAGUGCUGGGUGCAGAAGAGUGGGGAGAAAAAUUGUUCUCUCUGAAGCAGUUGAUACCUUACCUUCGUUUUGUAUAAGUAUAUGGACAGAAGGAAUGAUAAAGCUACACUUCAUAAUAAGCAACAAUUAUUGGUACAUCAGCAUUUUUGUUGCUGUUUUGGGGUGACUUUACUGUUGAGCAUCUGGGCAGGGUGUUUAGGAAGCUCCCAUUAGGUCAUCAUCACUGUUGCUUCUGUUUUAUGAAUGCAUCCAUCCUGUUGCUGAUUUCAUCUAGAUUGAUGCCUUGAGGAGCUUCUGUGAGAUUUUUAUUUCUUGUUGCUACGGUUCCAGAGAUUUGAGCAUAAGUUUAAUCCUUAACUACUACUGUCCUAGUGACCUUGGGGUUCCUGGUCUCACGUUCCGUUAAGGGAUUUCUGCCUCUCUGCCUGGCUCUGCUGUCAGGGAACCAAGAGGGAAUAGCCUCCUGGCUGGACUCGAGCAGUUGAGAAGUAUCUUGAGGGCAUCAAGAGGGAGGAGGCAUGUGGAGUGAUUAGCCUUUUCUGCCCCUGCCACAGUAUUGGUAGAUGGAGGUGAUUACAGUUCCUGUAUUCCACCAUUUUUUUGAUGGAAGAGGAGGACCAUAACCUGGAAGUGAACUCUGCAGUAAAACAAGAAACUCUUGUUGAAUAAUUUGUCUCCUUUCAAAAGGAGCACCCAGUCUAGAAGAAGCUUAAAGAGAAGAGAGUACUUUUGGACUUGGCUCUUUUCAGUUUUACUUAUUCAGCACAUAAAUGGUGACCAGCAAAGACACGGAAACAGUUGUGGUUGCCAUUCAGCUUCACAUCAAGUAGCGUUUAGGUUCUUGGAGGGGAACUUAAGUUACAUGAAGUGAAAAGUAUUUCAAGACGUUGCUCAUUUUUAAGAACAUUGGCACCGUGGAUUUUUUAGCAACUGUACAUGUGAUGAAAAUGAAGUUUAUAUUUUAAGAGCAUAUGCUUAGGCAGACGUCUCCCAUUUAAUAUCAGAAUUUGGGAGAAGCAUUUUUAUAUAACUUAACCUCCCACUUCCCCCACCCCCACCCCCCCAUCCAAGCUUUGAAACUCAUGUGCUACAGACAAUGAAUAAUCCCACAGAUUUGGGUGUGUAUGUUCAUUGUUAACCAUGGUGUUGCUCUGAAUGUUGUCAUGCAGACCCAACAACUGCUUUUGUAAUGUAAAAUCUGAGUUACAUAGCACCACAACAAGAGGAAAUUUAAUGAGGUGAACGUGGCUGUGGCUUUUUUAAAUGUAAAUUACCUUUUUAGGGUUUUUUUUUUGUAGUGAGAGUGGAGAGAGAAAUUAAGAUGAGCAGUUGAGGGGGUGAAGGGUGCAGUCAGCACGAAGUGCAGCUUCUCGUGCUCUGCUUAGAGACGCACCAUUGCCUCAGAUCUGACAUAACUGCAUCCUGGAGAAGGAAGGAACCUGAAGGUCAGAGUGAAGCACAGAAAUAAAGGAGAAAAUUGGACUGCAGAGGCCAAACUCUGAUCCUGGCCAUGAGGUUUGAUGCCUCGCUUUAUUGAAGGGAGACACUGGACCUAAAUGGCGCAGCAUGACUUUGUUCCUGCCUGGCUUAACUUCUCAACGCCACAGUCAGCCAAGUCCCCUGCAGCCACCUUUGAGAAACAUGGAGAGCAUCUUUCGCGGGGUGAGGGCCGCUUUGGUGUGAGCCGUAGACGACACAACUCUUCUGAUGGAUUUUUCAAUAAUGGCCCCCUCAGAACUGCGGGAGACUGCUGGCAUCAGCCUUCCCUGCUCCGCCAUGAUUCUGUAGAUUCCGGUGUUUCUAAAGGAGCUCAUGUUGGGCUUUCUGGCAAUCAGCCUGGCUGGCAUGGUCCCUCACGGGGCCAUGAUGGUAUGAACCAGCGUGGUGGUGGAGGAACUGGAGUCCAUCGCCACUGGAAUGGCAACUUUCACUCUCGGAAGAACUCUGCCUUUCAAGAAAAGGUGCCCGUUGAGGCCAGAGAAGAGAAGAGAGAAGAAAAAGAGAAGCUGCAGUUUGAGGAAGACGACUUUCCAUCUUUGAAUCCAGAAGCUGGAAAACAGAAUAACCAGAGCAAACCUUUAGGGACACCUUCUGGAGUGUGGGAAAACCCCCCUAGUGCCAAACAACCUACCAAGAUGCUGGUCAUCAAAAAGGUUUCAAAAGAGGAUCCUGCUGCCGCCUUCUCAGCUGCGUUUACGUCACCAGUUCCUCACCUUGCAAAUGGCAACAAGACCACCACAAUUGUCCCAAGUGUCUACAAAAAUCUGGUUCCUAAACCUGCAGCUCCUCCAUCUAAGAGUCCUUCCAGCACCACCCCUCCCAUUGAGAUCAGUUCUUCACGUUUGACUAAGCUGAUGCGUCGCACCGCCGAUAAGAAAAGUGAAUUCCUGAAGGCAUUGAAAGAUGACAGGAAUGGAGAGAUCACAGAGAACAGAGAAUGUGACAAGUUGGAGGAUAUGGAGGGCAGCAGCACACCAGAACCAAAGGAAAACUGGGAAGAGAAUUGCCAUCAGAAUGGCCUUUCUCUCCCUUUGAUGGAGGAAGGGGAGAACCUGUCGCAUUCACUGGAAGCAGAACACAGGUUACUGAAAGAAAUGGGAUGGCAGGAAUAUCCUGAAAAUGAUGAGAACUACCUUCCCCUCACUGAGGAUGAGCUCAAAGAGUUCCAAGUUAAAUCAGAAGAGCUAAGAAGAAAUGGAUUUGGGAAGAAUGGAUUUCUGCAGGGCCGCAGCUCCAGCUUGUUCUCCCACUGGAGAAGCACUUUUCAGACAGAGUUGGAGGACUCAGACACAGAAACUAGUAGCAGUGAAACGUCAGAUGACGAUGCCUGAAAGUGGGCACAAAACAUUUAAAAAAAUAAAUAAAUAAAACCAACCCAAUAAACUCAGUUCAUAGUUCAACGUGUGUUCGGGGUUGUAUAAACUAAACAGAGUUUAUUCUGUCUCCAGUCUGUUCAGUUUUUCUUUUGUUGUUGAAUACUUCAUGCACAAGGGAAAUAAUUGUAUCCCAAAGAAGAGAGAAAUUGGCUUGUUUAGCUUUUUCUUUUGGUUUUGCCCUUCUGCUUCAUAGAAGUUUGUGCAGCUAGCAGAUUUGUGAUGAGAAUCCCUCGUCAGGCAAUGCACAAGUUCAGUCUUGUAAGCAGGAUACAGGUGACUGAUCUUUGCAACAACAAGCUUCUAAUAAUGCCGCCUGCAUUACAUAAUGUUGCGCGGUAACAAUGUGCUAAAACAAUCAUUGUCAAUGACAAAAUGGCUAUUGAAGUUCUAAUUGUGUUAAAUUAAUGCUAAUAACAUGAAUUUUUUAUUUUUUUUUUUUUUUUUGCGGCUCGGGGAGCUUCAUCACUUAACCAGGCGUUUGUGGUUUUCUUUUAUGGGUACAGCUGUAAAAUAUUUGGACAUAGGAAUUGUUUGUGUUCUUCUUCUUGCAGCCUUGAUAUUCAGGGUGGAUUGUAAAAUAUAAAUUUUUUGUGAGAUUUCAAAGAUUAAGAUUAUUUUGAUAACAUUAUUUACAGAUUUAAAAAAGUGACUAUCACAUUGAGUCUGUAUGAGGGGAAAAAACUACUGCAUCAAAAAAUAACUAACUUGGAAUAAAUAUUUUGCAUCAGUUUGCCAA